CAUAAGAGCGAUCACUCACACUCCCGCUGUACACACAGUUCGCAGGCAGACCCGGGACGCGCGUCGGAGCGGAGCGCAGCGCAGGUUUUGCGGAGAGCAGCGCGGCAUGAGCGGUCCGUCAGAGAGGAGAGACUCUUCUUUUCUACUGAUUAUUUCUUAGUUUGGCUUCUUGACACGUUGAGUCCGACUCGUGGAUCGCGGUGAGAGGCUCCAGAUCGCUGCAGGAGAAGCGGCACCCGCGUGCGUAAAAUACGCAGGGAAGGCAGAGGAGGAGGUACCCGGACAGCGGAGCCCGUGUCGGAACUUGACGGAACUUUUCACUCCUAUCCAGCGGGAUUCGGCCGAGGCGGAUGUGGACUUUGGCGUUUUUCGGCAACUGCGGCGCUUAAAUCCCAUUAAAGUGGAAACAUCAGACAAUUUAAAGCUUUCCCACGUUUAUUUUUUUAUUUCUUUGCCAGCUCCAAGAUGGAUUUUCCCUCCCCGCUGAUUGGAUUUUUAAUAACACUGUGUCAUUUAGGAUGUGGAGUCGGAGGACAGGACGCUCGAGAAUGUGGAGGUGUGUUGGACGCCAGCAAGCCCGGUUACAUCACCUCGCCUGGUUAUCCUCUGGAGUACCCGCCUCACCAGAACUGCCAGUGGAUCAUCCAGGCGCCGGAGACGUCGCAGCGCAUCGUCCUCAACUUCAACCCGCACUUUGAGUUCGAGAGGCUCGACUGCAAGUACGACUUCAUAGAGAUCCGCGAUGGCACCUCGGAGACCGCCGAUGUCCUGGGCCGCCACUGCAGCAACAUCGCCCCUCCGCCCAUCAUCUCGUCCGGGUCCUCCAUCCAGAUCAAGUUCGUCUCCGACUACGCCCACCAGGGGGCGGGCUUCUCUCUGCGCUACGAGAUCUUCAAAACUGGGUCCGAAUUCUGCUUCCGCAACUUCACCAGCCCGUCCGGCAUGAUCGAGUCCCCGGGGUUCCCGGACAAAUACCCGCACAAUCUGGAGUGCUCCUACAUGAUCAUGGCCCCGCCCCACAUGGACAUCACCCUGACCUUCCUCACGUUCGACCUGGAGAACGACCCCCUGAUGGUGGGCGAGGGCGACUGCAAGUACGACUGGCUGGAGGUGUGGGACGGCCUUCCACAAGCGUCUCCCCUGAUUGGCCGGUACUGCGGGACGAAGAUCCCCCCAGAGAUCCAGUCGUCCUCCGGCCUGCUGUCCCUCUCCUUCCACACAGACAUGGCCGUGGCCAAAGACGGCUUCUCCGCACGCUACAACAUCACCCACAAAGAAGUCUCAGACUCAUUUCACUGUAGCAUGGUGCUAGGCAUGGAGUCGGGCAAGAUCAGCGACGACCAGAUCACGGCUUCGACCACCUUCUACGACCACCGCUGGUUGCCGCGGCAGGCCCGCCUCAACAACGAGGACAACGCCUGGACACCGUCAGAGGACAGCAACAAGGAGUUCAUACAGGUCGACCUCCACUUCCUGAAGGUUUUGACUGGGAUAGCCACACAGGGGGCCGUCUCCAAAGAGACUCUGAAGUCGUACUACGUCACCACCUUCAAGCUGGAGGUCAGCACCAACGGAGAGGACUGGAUGGUGUACCGGCACGGCAAGAACCACAAGGUCUUCCACGCCAACACGGACCCGGCCGAGGUGGUCCUGAACCGCGUCCCGCAGCCGGUCCUGGCCCGCUUCGUUCGCAUCCGGCCGCAGACCUGGAAGAACGGGAUUGCGCUCAGGUUUGAGCUCUACGGAUGCCAGAUCACAGACGCUCCGUGCUCGGACCUGCAGGGCCUGAUGUCCGGCCUGCUCCCCGACGCCCAGAUCUCGGUGUCGUCCACCCGGGACGUGAUGUGGAACCCCAGCACGGUCCGGCUCGUGGCGAGUCGCUCGGGCUGGUUCCCCGCACCUACGCAGCCGCUGGCUGGAGAGGAGUGGCUCCAGGUGGACCUCGGUGUCCCCAAGACGGUGCGUGGAGUUAUUACCCAGGGGGCGCGGGGAGGAGACCCGGCCAGCGGACCGGCCACGGACAACCGCGCCUUUGUCAGGAAGUACAAAGUUGCACACAGCGUGAACGCGAAAGACUGGAACUUCAUCAUGGACGUCAAGACCAGCCAACCUAAGAUAUUUGAGGGGAACACGCAGUACGACACCCCGGAACUUCGGCACUUCGAGGAGACGGUGGCGCAGUACAUCCGGCUGUAUCCGGAGAGGUGGUCCCCGGGUGGGAUUGGGAUGAGAGUGGAGAUCCUGGGAUGCGACCUUCCAGAAAUCAGCACUCCGACCAACCCCGUAAUAACGACGACGCCUAGCCCAGAGACCACCACAGUCCCCAUCACGACUACAGCCACCUCUCCCUCGUCUGUCGGCGUGUGUGACUUUGACCACGGCCUCUGCGGAUGGAGCCACGACCCCAGCGCCCCGUUGCUCUGGUCGUUGCACAGACAUGCGCCCAACAGUUACCUGUACCUGGACGUGAGCCUGAAGACGGAGCAGCAGCGCGCCCGACUCGUGAGUCCGGUGGUGCCCGCCGACGCCGGGCCCCUCUGCCUCCUUUUCUCAUACCAGAUGUGGGGGGACGCCAAGGGCCACCUCAGGGUGUUCCUGCGCGACAGCCACAACGACGAAAGCCUCCUGUGGUCCCUCCACGACAAUCACACCACCGUCUGGAGAGAAGGCCGGACCAUCGUGCCGCGCUCCCCCAAGGAGUUUCAGGUUGUGAUAGAGGGCUUCUUUGAGCACAGCACCAGAGGACACAUCUGGAUAGACAACGUCCACAUGAGUGCCAGCUCACCUCUGAAAGAGUGCACAGAACCUUUCUCAGCGUUCUCGCCAGAAAAUCCAGGUAACCGACACAUCGGAGACGGGCGACUCUCCGUGGGCAGAGAUCCGCAUGGCAGUGGUUUGCAAUUCCUAGACUCGAGCACACCAUCCCCGUCGUCUGAUCCUCCAGUGACGCACACCUCCGAAAAAGACAACUCGUGGUUAUACACCCUGGACCCGAUCCUGGUCACCAUCAUCGUCAUGAGCUCCCUGGGCGUUCUGCUGGGGGCCGUGUGCGCCGGCCUCCUCCUGUACUGCACGUGCUCCUACAGCGGACUCUCGUCGCGGUCCUCCACCACCCUGGAGAACUACAACUUUGAACUGUACGAUGGCCUCAAGCACAAAGUCAAGCUCAACCAGCAGCGCUGCUGCACGGAGGCAUGAGAGAAGCGACGGAGGGGAAAGAAGAUGCAGGCAUUUUGUGAAAAUCUAUUUUUCUUCAUCUACGCCAACUUUAGUGUUCCUCAGUGGUUGCGGGUCUCAAUGAGAACUUGGUUGGAAAACGCAGCGCCGUCCAGUAUUGGCAGUUGUUUCUGCAGAUGCGUCAGCGACUGAAAAGACCAGGGUUACCUCCAUGGACUGCUUCGUUGCAGGGAUGAUAGGCCUCAAAAAACUAAAUAUCAACACAUAUCAAUUACUGAAUCCUGGGUCACCUAAAGAGAACUGCUUAUAAAUGCAUCAUAGAUAUGUCUAGUUUUUCCAACUGGAUACUGUAAACUACACAGACAGGGCUGGACAAAUUGUGUUGGAAAGGUGGUAGGAUAGAAAUAUGGUUAGAAGAAGAAAAAAAAAGAGUAUUUUUUUGAUCACAUGUGAACACAGUGGCCUAGAACUUAGCUCCUUUGUAAGGCCCCUUGACUCUUUAGUCCCAUCGUCAACGUUCUGCUACCUAUCAGCCUCAGUUGGCCCUUUAGUUCCUGGCUCUCUGUGGUAUUUAUAGUUGAGUUUCUGCUAGAUCACUUUCUUUCUGUUCAAUGUUUGCUUUUGGGUCAGUUGCCAGUCCUGUGGUUGAUAAUUUGGGGGGGUAAAAAAAAGGUGAAGAAAGUAUAUAUAGAUAUGUGUGGGUGUGUGAGUGUGAGUGUGGGUGUGGGAGUGUGUGUAGAGGUAGGGAGGGGCACAUUCUUUUACUGAUGGAGAGGUGUUAGAUUUAGUUGUUACUGGUUCCUGCAAAGAGAAGGUCGUGUUUACAUUAGCAGUAAAUCGGGGAGAAAAAAAAAAAGGUUAUGAAGAUUUGGAUGGUGCAACCUAUGGAUUGCUGGUUGGGGCAGACGCCGAUAACCCUGAAGGAAGUGAAUCAAAAGAAAGGAUGGGCAAGACUGUGACUGAUGGAGCACUCAAAAUUUCCCCGUGCUUCUCCCUCCCGUAAGCGACUGCUCGCCCCGUGCUUUCAAAAAAACAAAAAGGAACAAAUGGGAUCAGAAACAAACCAGAGACAUAUCCGAUCAAUAGAGUGACUGUGUGCCCAGAUGCACAACAAGCCUUAAAAGCAAAAGCGUUUUUGAGUGGAAAUGCUGGGAGGGGGAAAAUCAUUGAGGCAACAUCAAGACAUUUUUACACAUGGACCUCAAAAGCCAUGAUUUAACAGGACCUAUCCCAUCUUUUCCCCCCCAACAUAAAAGCCUCCACCUCAACUUACUGGCUAAUGGUGGCCUACUUUGGGAAUCUUUAUUUGUCGUUGCACAACAAGGCAAGCUUUUUUUUGUCAUUGUUUUGGUAUUUUUCAUUGUUUUAUGAUUAUGGUUUUGAACCAGCCAGAGACCUGUAAGCCAUGAGAAGAAGAGAGAGCGAGAGGAAAGAUCUCAGCGUUCAUUCCCACGUACUUCACCUGUACUGUUGAGUCCAGAUAUUUACAUACACUUUAUUAAAAGACACACUCUUAUUCUUCACCGUCUGACAAUAAAUCAGGCUAAACGUUUACCGUCUUAGAAAUUGUUUUCACUAUCUGACCUAUUAGCUAUAUGCUAGAAUAAUGAUACAAUAUAUUUUUUAUACUAUAAGACUUGAGUCUAAUGUUUUGGGUAACCUUCAACAAGUUUAGUCAGCAUCUUUACAAGGUCUCUUGUUUUUGUUCUUGGCUUGAUAUGCACAUUUGAAACCAAAAACAUUAAUCUCUGGGACAUAGAACUAAUUUCUGUCCACAACAAGAUGAUAACAGGACAUUCCCAUAGGGUUUAUACUUGAAUAUAUCCCUUUAAAUAAAAUGUGACACUUUCAGUCAUCUGGAAAUUGUACCGUAUUAUAAACCAUACAUGUGAAGGUCCACAAUUCUCUUCCAGAUAUAUGUACUCGUUUAUUUAGAUUUUUCGGUUAUGUCACAUAAAGAAGAGAUGUUUGAAGUGUUAUCUUAAAACGCAUCCAUAGCUACAGUAUGUCUCAAUUUAACUCAAAUACUGUUGGUUUACCUGUCAGAAGCUUACAAAGAUACAACCUCAUCAUCUGUACCAAAUAGCCUAAAGACAUAGUAUUAUUAGUGCUGGUGAACUUCUAAAUUUAAAGAACAUAAAGUAUUUCAUUAGAGAAAUUCUCUCAUUAAUCUGGCAUUUAGCGAAUACUUCGGUAAUCCUUGACUUGAAAAGAAUUGUUUGUGCAUCUUUUUAUACAAUGCAUGUAAAUAUCUGGUCUCAGCUAUAUUUACCAUUGUAUAUACAAAUAGUUGAGUACACGUCAUUGCAGACUCUUGGGAUGAACACACACCUGUUUUGAACACCCACUCCGGCUUAGAAAUGAAUUUCAAUGGAUUCACGGUAGAAGCGCACUCAUCUCGUUCACGCUCACUCUCGCCAUCUUUUGUCCUCGGAGGCCCACAUUUACGGACCCCACUGACUCUCUUCAAAGUGCCUUGGAGCCUCGGGGAUCCAGCUUGCCUUUGGAGCCGGUAUAAAAUACUCACAUUUAACGUUAACGGUGACAGUCACAGCGCCCUCUUCUGCCUGGGAGGACUUAAAGAAAAAAAAAGAAAAAAACUUACGAGGACAGGAUUUCCCCCAUCCUUUUUUUUCCCGCACUACUAGGACUGCUGUUGUUGUUAUUUUAAAGGGGUCUUUGUACAGAAAUGCUCUUUUUAUGAUUGUUAUUAUAAUUAUUGUUAUGAUUAUUUAAUAAAGGAUUUAUACCAUACUACAGAA